AUAGAAAUUUUGACAGUAUUGACAAUUGUUAUUUUAAUUUGGAUUAUAAAAUAUAUUUUCAUACAACUGCAAAAUGGGAUCUCAUACUAGAGUUAAAAGUAGGUCACGAUCACCGUCUUACAAGAGCAAAUCCAAGAAGUAUGAGAGAAACCUUAAAUCGAGAAGCAGGUCAAGAUCCAAAUCGAGUUCACCCAGAAGGAGUAAGUCCAGAAGACACAGAGAAAGGAGUAAUUCAACUGAGGCUCUGUAUAACAACCGAAAUAGAAAUGAUAGGAAAUCAUUGCAUCGAAGUACGUCAAAUGGACACCAUUACUCUGAAGAAUCUAGUCGUGAUUAUAGAGACAGACGAUACAGUCACAGUGAAUACAGAUCCAGAGAUUCGCAUAAAAAAGGAUCUUAUGAGGACGAUUUCAUGGAGUCUAGAAGGAAGCAAAGAGAAAUUUUAGGCAUGAGGGAAUGUUCAAACAUUUGGACAAAGUCGCCAGAAGCUGAAGAAUCAAAUAAUGAAGAAGAGUACUUAGAAGAAAGUCACACAGAAAAAAAAUUGAAAAAGAAGAAGGAUAAAAGUAAAAAAGAGAAAAAGCAUAAAAAAUCAAAGAAACAUAAAAAGGACAAGAAAAAAAAGAAAAAGAAGAAGGUAUCCUCUAGUGAGGGUAGCGGAUCAGAAGCAGAAGAAUGGGUGGAGAAAACAAGUGAAACUAAGACAGAAUCGCAAUCUGACAAUGAAGAUAGUGUGGUCGGUCCGAUCCUGAAACCACACACAACUCUAACAAGCAAAGAAAUGGGCAAGGCCCUUCUGCCUGGUGAAGGAGCAGCGAUGGCGGCUUAUGUUGCUGAAGGAAAACGAAUCCCAAGGAGAGGAGAGAUUGGGUUGACAUCUGAUCAAAUUGCCACAUACGAAUCUGUCGGCUAUGUUAUGUCUGGAUCGAGACAUAGGCGGAUGGAGGCUGUACGUAUUCGUAAAGAAAAUCAGAUCUAUUCGGCAGAUGAAAAACGUGCUCUGGCCAUGUUUAGCAAGGAAGAGAGGCAGAAGAGAGAGAACCUUAUUUUAGGACAAUUUAAGGAUAUGAUCAGUUCAAAGCUAGCAGAUAAGAAUAAAUAAGAAAUUAUAUUGUCUUGGAAAGUUGUCAUCAUCUUACAUUACAAAAUGUUACACGAAAAAUUAAAAUUUUUGAUGUAUAUAAUUAAAAUUCACUAUUUCUAUUUGUAUAUACUAUAGGAGGUAAUAAAUAAUGCCAUGUAUAUUGAUUGGUCUAGAAUUAGGAUGGAAUUAUUAUAAAGUUGUAUCUUUUUUUGUUUUAUAUUUAUUUAAAGCAAAAUUAUAUAAAAAAAAUUUUUAUUCUACAAU